AUGACGCAAUCGGAGCUGGGUCGGUCCUGGCCACUUUGGAUUGGCCGCGCGGGCUCGUGGGGAACCCCUCCCACUAUCACUGGAAUAAGAGCCAAGAGCUCCGCGGGGAAGCCGCCCACAGCAGGCGUUGUGUCCAUCCAGGGGGACCAGCAACUUGCACUCUCCUGCAACUCAAGUCGUCAGAGAGGCAUCAUGGGCUUCGGGAAGUCCUCCCCCUUCUUGGCUUUCAGCAUCUUGGUCCUGUGCCAGGCAGGCGGCCUCCAGACAGCACCACUCAGGUCAGCCUUGGAGAGCCUUCAACAACCGGACCUGGCUGCACUCACUGAGAAGGAAGGGCGCCUCCUACUGGCUGCACUGGUGAAGGCCUAUGUACAGAGGAAGACUAACGAGCUGGAGCAAGAGGAGCAGGAGCAGGAGACAGAGGACUCCAGUGUCACUGCCCAGAAGAGAGCCUGCAACACUGCCACCUGUGUGACCCAUCGACUGGCAGACUUGCUGAACAGAUCUGGGGGUGUGGUGAAGAGCGACUUCGUGCCCACCAAUGUGGGCUCCGAUGCCUUUGGUCGUCGUCGUAGGGACCUUCGGGCCUGA